UUACAAAAUAAGAAGAAAAAGAAUAGAGGAUAAAAAGUGCCGCUGAAAAAGUGUUAAAAGUAAUGUUUUAAGUGAAAUUACAAAGUAAAAGUUUGUAAAAACAGCAGCGCAAUGGACGUGCAGCCGCCGAGAGAUGCCAGUUUACGCAAUAUUAUCGACAAGCUGGCGGAGUUUGUGGCCCGGAACGGGCCUGAAUUCGAGGCCAUAACGAAGCAGAAGCAGCAGAACAAUCCCAAGUUCGAGUUCCUGUACGGCGGCGAGUAUGCCAGCUACUAUCAAUUCCGGGUGGCAGCGGAGCAAACGCUGCUAAAGCAGCAGGGCAUUCCUCAACAAAUGCCGCCGGGCACCCAAGGCGGCGGCCACUACAUGCAACAUCCUCCGCCCAUGCAGCAAUCCCAGCCGCCUGGCCACUAUCCGCCACUCAACCACCAGCAACACCCGCCAGAGAACGCACAAGACAACAUGCAGCAGCACCAACAGCAGCAAUCCCAGCACAUGUGGCCACCAAACUCGGGCCAAGGUGGACCGCCAAAUAACCAGCAGCAGCAGCAAGCCAAUGGAAAUGCCAUGGUCAUGAACCUAACCUCCCAAUUGGAUGCCAUUAAGCUGCAACAGAAGACGCUGCGGGAACAAAUCAAGCAAUCCGAAGCGAAUCUCUCCGCACAACACACGGCGCUGAUGAACCAGAAGACGAAACAGAUCGAGGAGGCGAUCGCCGGGGCGCAGACGACGCAGCUGGAGCAGCUGGCCGGGGAGCAGGGCAUAGUGCUGAGGGACUUUGACGGCGUCCUGCAGCCGAUCAUAGAGUCCUGCACCAAGGACAGUAUCUCUGCAGGCAAGAACUGGAUUUUACAGCAUUCAACCGACAGCGCAAAAAUCAAUGUCGUUUUACAAUAUCUUUUAAAGAAGGCUUUGGUCAAUGGUUCAACGUUUCAGCAAAAAUUGCAUCUUAUAUAUUUAGUUAAUGAUAUACUCCACCACUGCAUGCGCAAGAACAUCAAUGACUUGAAGAACAACCUCGAGAAUGUCGUCAUUCCGAUGUUCUGCAGCGCCGACUUGAUUGCCAGCAAUGAUCAGCGCCAGAAGCUUGCCAAACUGCUGUCCUUGUGGGAGUCCAAGGCCAAGUUCUUCGAUGCCUGCGUCAUCUCCAAGCUACAGUCGCCGGACUCAUCCAUGCAGGAGUACAAAACCAAUCUGCAGAACACGCAUCCCGACAUAACCGCCAAGUUCACCCAGAACACCAAGGCCACCCUAGACAACUACCAAAAACAGCAUCAGAUAUUCAUCCAACAUGCCAGCCAGCAGAUUGCCCAGUUGGAGCAGCAGCGCCAGCAGCUGGAGCAGCAGGUUAUGGUGGCCCAAAAGUCACAGCAACACAUGCUGCCACACCAAGGAGGACCAGGAGGAGGAGGAGGAAAAAACAUACCCUCGUUGAUGUCUCACCGAGUAAAUAUGCCGGGGAACCGAGAGCCACACGAAGCCCCUCAGCAUCCCCAGGCGGCGGGUAACAAUGUUUACCCGGGAGGCAACUUCCAUCAGCAACAGCAGCAGCACCCGGUCAACCCCUUUGCAGAUCCCAGGGGUCCAAACUUCUUCAUUCCGGACAUGUCAAAACCACCACCAGGCUUUGCCGGACCCAUGCUCCAUCACGGACAAGGGCCACCCAUGCAGCAGCAGCAGCAACCACAAGGACCAUAUCCACAGAUGCAGCAGGGCCAGGGAGGAGCCAACAAUGAGCCACCUGUGGAUCUGGGUGUGCUGAAUGCUGCCAUUCAGGCGGUGAUGCAGCUGCAGCAACGCCAGCCCGACGACCCGCAGCCAGGUCCUCACCAACUGCAGCAGCAGCAGCAACAGCCGCCGCCCAUGGCUGCCUAUCCUCAGACUUUGAGACCUGCUGGCCAGCCGGGUGAGCCAGUGGAUCUCGAUGUGCUCAAUGCGGCCAUUCGGGCGGUGAUAACGAAUCAACCCGAGGACGGGCAUCCGGACCAGCAGCAGCAGCACUCAUCGGAGGAUGGCCAGCAGCCAGAAGGAGACUCUGCCGAGUCGCAAGUAGUAAUAGGAGAGCCACAAAUACCCACAGCGCCAUACUACGACCUGCCCGCGGGUCUGAUGGUGCCCCUAAUCCGGCUGGAGGACUACACCUACAAGCCCCUGGAUCCGGCGGACAUACGACUGCCAGCUCCGGCGCCACAAAGCGAGCGGUUGACCAAUGCAUUGAAUGCCUUUUAUGCCGCUCCCUCGCACGAUCGUCCCAGGGAUAAUGAGGGCUGGGAGAAGCUUGGUCUCUAUGAGUACUACAAGGUGAAGAAUGCGGCGCGGAAGCAAAAGGAGGAGGAGAUCAAGGAGGGCAUACGGGAGAAGUCCCGCUCACCCAGUCCCAUUGUGCUCGAAAAGCCCAAGCCUAAGAAGAGCAACAAGAGGGUUUAUCGAUCCAAGAGUCGUAGUCGCUCUCGUUCCCACACACCGCCGCCGCGCGACAGAUCACGUUCCCGCUCCCGCUCCCGAUCCAGAUCUCGAUCCAUGGAACGCGCUGUGACACCGCCACCGAUGCAACGCAACAGAUCCGGCGGCGGCGGAGGAGGAAGUGGCAGCAAUCGCAAGGGUCGCAACCGAUCGCCGCGUCACGAACGGGAGAACAAUAACAGCAACACCAACAAUAAUCGGGAGAAUCGUGCCGAUCGCAGCAAUGUGGGCAACACAGGGAACAAUGGUAACAACGCCCUACGACGAGUAGAGCGCGACAGAUCCCCAACUCCUCCGAGUUUUCUGGGCGGCAACUUUGCCAAGCCUCAGGAAUUCAUCGAGGAGUCAAACAAGGGCCACCAAAUGCUCAUGAAAAUGGGCUGGGCGGGCACUGGCACGGGACUGGGCUCAAAGAACCAAGGCAUAGAUACGCCCAUCUCCGGUGGUGAAGUCCGAGAUCGUCGGGAAAUGUACAAGGGCGUGGGGGCCAACAUGCACGAUCCGUUUGAGAGCUUCCGCAAGAACAAGGGCGCUGCCUUUGCACAUCGCAUGCGCACCCGGGACGACAAGAGUUAAGGAUCUGAGGCAGUUUAAAAGCUCCUCCCACGUUUUAUUUUAUUUUUUGUUUCCUCAGCCACAAAGAGAAAUACAUUUUUAUAAAAGCAA